AAUAAAAAAAUCACAUAAAAUAAAAUAAAAAGGAAGCUUUAAUGGCGGAGGAGACAAGAAAGACCACCCCACUCCAAUUCAAAGCAAUCAUUUGGAACUGCUCUAAUUCAAUUCAAACCCCCCCACCCUUACCCUUUUUCUGACACUCCCUGUCUGUCUUAAUGCUUAAGCUUCAUCCCCAAUUUAAUCGACGAAUUUUUUCUGAGCUCCAAAAACAUCGGAGAAAUCAAACAAAGACAUGAAGAAGGAGGCAGCUCAGUCAUGGCUUUCACCCUGCUGCUCUGCAUCAUCCCCAACCCUUAAACCCACCGACCCCCCCGCCGCCGGCCGCCGGAGCACCUCCUCCGCCUGCCGCCACGACUUCGCAUCCACAACCGCCUCCUCCCUCUUCCCCAACACCUCCUCCUUCACUAACCACGAAUCAAUCCCUUCUCUGCAACAAUCCUUCCUCCAAUUCAUCAAUGCCUACCCCAAAUACUCCGACACCGCCCCCGUCGAUCAAAUCCGCGCCCGCGAAUUCCCCCACCUCUCCCUCUCCAGCCACGUCAGCCUCGACUACAUCGGCGUCGGCCUCUUCUCCCACUCCCAGAUUUCCCCGCCAUCGCCAUCGCCAUUGCAGCACCAUCAGACGGAUUUCCCGCUGUUCGGCGUCAACUUCAAGUCCGUCAGUCUUAAGGCUCAGCUGCUCCACGGAGGAGAAGGAUCCGACCUCGAAUCUGCAAUCAAGACAAGAAUCAUGAAAUUCCUCAACAUCUCCCAAUCCGAAUACUCCAUGGUGUUCACCGCCAACAGAUCCUCGGCUUUCAAACUCGUCGCCGAAUCCUACCCCUUCCAAUCCAGCCGCAAGCUUCUUACAGUCUACGACCACCGCGGCGAGGCGGUGGACGCCAUGAUCAACGUGUCUGAAAAGAGAGGAGCUACAUUAAUGUCGGCCGAAUUCAAAUGGCCACGCCUGAGAAUCCACUCGCCCAAACUCAGACAAAUGAUUGUCCGCAAGAAACACAAGAAGAGCCACCGGGGCCUGUUCGUUUUCCCUCUCCAGUCCCGGACCACCGGCGCCAGCUACUCCUACCAAUGGAUGGCAUUGGCGCAGGAACACGGCUGGCACGUCCUGCUCGACGCCUGCUCAUUGGGGCCGAAAGACAUGGCCAGCUUCGGCCUCUCCCUUCUCCGCCCCGACUUCCUAAUCUGCUCAUUCUACAAGGUUUUCGGGGAUAACCCGACAGGAUUCGGAUGCCUUUUCGUCAAGAAGUCCGUCGUUCCGAUCCUCGAAUCCUCAGAAAGCGCCGGCAUUGUAUCCAUUACUACACCUGCAAAGAAUUCGAUCAAUUUUCAUGAAGAUUCGUCAGGGACCGAUACAGAAAUGGAGCAGAUAGCCAGACUUCAGAUCGAACAAAUUGAUCGAAAUCAGCAAUCCAGCUCAACAGGCGAUUCAGACCAAGCCAAAUUCGACAAACAAAUUGUUACAAUCCAAGACAGGAGCAAGAUCAACGACAAUCCAGGCUCAAUUAUCGAAUGCAGAUGCUUAGAUCAUGUGGACUCGUUAGGACUCCUGCUUGUGAACAGCAGAGGAAGGUACCUGAUCAAUUGGCUGAUCGCUGCACUGAUGAAGCUUCAGCAUCCCAACAGAUUGGACGAUUUUCCGGUGGUGAAGAUCUACGGGCCGAGGGUGAGCUUCCAGCGUGGUCCGGCAUUGGCAUUCAACAUCUACGAUUGGAAAGGGGAAAAGGUCGAGCCUGCCGUGGUCCAGAAACUCGCCGACCGGAGUAACAUAUCUCUCAGCCAUGGAUUUCUGCACCACAUAUGGUUCCCGGAGAAGUCCGAGGAGGAGAAGCAGAGAACCCUGGAGAGAAACAUCGUCAAGGAGGAUGAGUGUAGAAGAAUCAAAGGCAGGAAGGCUGAUCAGGGAAUCGCAGUGGUCACUGCUGCACUCACUUUCUUGGCUGAUUUUGAAGACGUUUACAGGCUUUGGGCGUUCAUAGCACAGUUUCUGGAUGCCGAUUUUGUGGAGAAGGAACGGUGGAGAUACACUGCCCUGAAUCAGAAGACUGUAGAACUCUAAGCAAUGUGCGACGAGAAAGUAUGAAUGAUUGUCAUUUGUCGUUCAAAUUUAUUUGUUACCUGUGAAUCCUUAUCGUUUGUCAGUGAAGUGGUAAUGAAUCUUUGAAAAAAUGUUGAGUGAUCUGAAAUGACGAAACUCUUCACAGGCAUUUCAUCGAACACAUUGUAGGCAGGUAAAACACAGAUUGGCUUGAAAGUCCCGAGGCCCACGAAAUCUU